AUGGCCACUUUAUGUCCAAGUUCGAUUCCCGCUGGUGGCGCAAGUGCGAAUAUCACGAGUAAGCGCGCCACUGCCGUUGACCACGCCAUGAAUGUCGAGGUGGUGGCACCCCAUUGGCGGGCCAGCGUGCCGGACCACGCUCGACGAAUAACCCUGGUGGCGCCCAUGGGCCCCUACGUGGUGGCCGGACUCGAUAACGGCGACGUUGGCGUGUUCCAGCCCCCGCAACCGGCAGAACCAGCACAGUCCCGAAACGCCUGUAUCAUCCACAAAAACGUCACUGGCGACCACCUGGCGGUGGCGAAAGUGAUGGAGGUGGUUCCCGAGCCGUUUGGCGACGACAUAUCCCCGAAAAAGACGGUGGUGGGCGUGGUAACUGCCGAUAACCGUCUUUUGCUUGUGGAGCUAGUGGGCACCCAAUUCAACUGUAUGGCGGCCAUUGACGACGGUGGAGUGGCCUCUACGUUUGAUAAAGAUACCUAUACGCUCGCGGUUGAUCAUCCGAAGCUGGGAAUCGAGUUAUUUAAGGUAGGACACAAAUCCCGAAACGUGCUAUUACUCACGUCCCAGGCGCUGUGGACGUCCAAAGAACGAAUCAAAGCAAUGCAGUGGAUCGGGCCGGGGUUACUCUUUGUGGCUUUGGCUGAUCUGUUGGCUAUAGCCACCCACUCUUCGGAAAACCACUUGGAAGUGGAAAUACUACCCCAACCACGCCUCCCCCAGGCUCUGUCACGCUCAUACUUUCGGCGACUGGGUCCCGAAGUGUGGAUAUCUCCGAAACAGAGGUACGACAACUAUGUUUAUGUGGUUAAGGGCUCUAAUGUCCUCCAAAUCAAUGCUGAUCGCCAGGUGCGCUACCACAUGAAAUUGAGCCACACCCCGUCAACCGUGACAUUUCUCCCGGGUCUUCUAAUUGCUGUGACUCAAAAUAAAGUUGAAAUUGUCAAUUUGGCUACCGCUACCCUCAUGCAACUGCUACCGCAAAAACUAUCGCUGAAACCCACGGCUAAUUCGACUGUUUUAGCUGGAAACUCAGAGGUUAUGACCCUCCGCAUUAAUGACCGUGUCCAUGUGUGUCGUCUGUUAGUUUCUUCGCAAAUUCCCGGUGGAGUCAACCAUGCUAUCGCUUACUUUGAAGCUAAUGCUAUUGACGACCAAUCUGACCGUGAUCGCUUACGUCAGCUCUACUGGCGGAAAGCAAUGGAUCUAUGGCAGCGCCAUAACUAUAAGGAAGCGUUAGCGGUUUGUCGGGAGUGGCUUUUACCGUACUCAGCGGUAAUUCAAUUAUUCCCCAAAUUCUUAGCUGACCCCGACGCUAAACCAUUACCAUCAUCGCUGCCGAACCAGUUUGCGGUAAAACAACUGCUGUUCAAUCUGCUAACCCCCGAACUGCUUGCAGAUUUUGUCAGCCAGGCUCCCACACCGGCUAAUUCCGUGAGAUCACUAAAACUGACGGAAUCACGCAAAGUGGCUCCCUUCGUCACUGCAGUUACUGGAUUAGUGGGCUACUUGACGGAAAUGAGACGUAUCCUUGCCAACUUCGCCAGCAACAACUCCGUGGAGUGGAAACACCACCAGGUGCUGUUUGACGAGAUCUUCGGUAUUGGUGCUACUACGACUCCCACGUUUGAACAAGUGGCGGCCAAUGUUGAUACCCUGCUUUUUCUCUGCUACUACUACACCCGCCCCAUCUUAUUAGGUCCGUUUCUUCGGCUAGCUAAUAACCAGGCACGGUCCUCAGUGGUUGGGGAGUUAUUGGACCCUUCCACUCACUUGGCUGAGACACUAGACUUUUACUUUACACGGGGGAAGCAUCGAGAAGUGCUUGAAAUGCUCCAUCAAUUGAGCCAUGACCGGGGGUUAUCUCCCGAAGUCACCAUCAACUACCUUCAAAGACUCGACAACUCCCAUUUGGAAAUUGUAUUCAAAUUCGCUUACUGGGUCCUCACUGAGGCUAGCGGUGAGCUGGAAGUGGCCGGCCAGCUGGAGCGAGAGGAAUACGCUCGCCAGAUCUUCAUGAACCACACUAGUGCCUGUGACAGCUACGAGCCCUUGAAAGUGCUUGACUAUUUGCUCACAGUGGUGAAAAGUGACGACUGUGCCAUCGACUACCUCGAGUGGAUCCUACUUGACCUGCCUCGUCCUGGAGCCUCUCUGGCAAGCCGCUUACACACGCAGUUGGUGUGGCUUUAUUUGGGUAAAUUGAAAUCUGCUCGUACGGAGAUGGACCUCAAGAACUUUGAGUGUUCUCCCUUCUACCUCAAGCUUUACCGGUACCUUGAUCACCACGAUAACUACGAGCCCUAUAAGGUGCUUAAAGCCAUACCCGACGACGACUGGUUCCAGAGGUUUGCCGUGUUUGUCUACCGCAAGCUCGGCGACCACACCAAGGCGGUGGAGGUGCUCUAUCACCGCCUACACGACUUGGAGGCAGUGCUGGACUACUGCGGCGAUUUAUACACCAAGGAACCGGAAACCACAAAGGAGUUGCUCCACAAAGUGUUGGACGAUGUCAUCUCCAACGAUGACGAGACCAUCGACGCAGUGGCUCAGCUUCUCGAUACCCAUGGCGGGAAAAUGGACGUGCUUAGAGUGCUCAUUUCUCUACCGCAACUGUUCCCGUUAGCGCCACUUUAUGGGUAUUUACAAGGAGUAUACCGUCAAUCACGCCAAGAGCUCAGUCAGACGGCCGUGGCGGCGAACUUGUAUCAAGUGGGAUCACAUCACGUCGACACCAAGCUCACAAAAGAAAAGAGCAAAGGGUACGUUGUUGAACUGGGCACCGAGUGUGCCAUCUGCCAUAAGAAAUUGGGCCUCAGUGUGGCGGCAAUAAAAGACGACGAAGUGGUCCACUAUGGCUGUGCCACCAGAAAGUAA